AUGUACCUCUUCCUUGGAGGUAAGGGAGAAGAUCAGCUGAACUAUACCUAUACCACCAUACCUACAAAAUGCGGUUGGAAUUUUGGAGGAAAUGGUGGGAUUGAUUUGUUUCAUGAUACUGGGAACUCUGCUCCACCAGAUGGUGGUGCAUGUGGAGGUGGUGCAACAGAUAUAAGGUUGCGAUAUUAUGAUAUAAAUCACGCAAAUUUCAAUGAUUAUACUCUUAAUAAAUCAAUUGAAAGUAGAAUAAUCGUUGCGGGUUCUGGAGGUGGAGGAAACUCUGGAGACUGGCAUCGAUAUGGAGAACUAGAUGGAUUUGCAGGAGGAGAUAUUACCGCCGUGGAUAACCUUCCAUAUACACAUGGGGGAACUCAAAUAAGCGGAAUAUUAGGUAUCGGAAUGGAUGGAAUUACAUCAUCAGAAAAUCAAGGGGGAACUGGAGGUUGCGGCAGCGGUUAUCGAGGUGGAUAUCAAAAUUUUCCAGAUCUUAAAGUCGAUGGCAUAUUUCAUGUUGGUGGUACUGGUGGAAGUUCGUAUAUAAGUGGUCAUCCAGGUUGUGUGAGUCCAAGCGCAUCUGAAAACACACCAAUUGAACUUAGAUCGAUCCAUGGAUCAGGGAUAAUGUUCACUAACACACAAAUGAUCAGCGGAAAAGAUCUCAUGCCAAGUCCAUUCAACAACACAUUCAUACGUGGUAAUGUGGGAAAUGGAUAUUGCCGCAUCACAGUUCUUUAUAUAUCACCAGUAGAAACAUGUACAUUAUAUCAAUAUUUUAAUUUUUUUAUUAAUUUCGAAAUUUUCAUUACUUUCUCAGGAUAA